AAGUCUUCCCCAGAGAAGAACCCAGCAGGCAGCAGAGACUAUGGAGCUAGCCUCAGCCCGUCUCCACAAAGGACAGAUUUCCUGGUGGGGACUCCUGCUCACAGCCUCGCUUUUAACCACCUGGAGCCCUCCCACCACUGCCCAAGUCACCAUUGAGGCUGUGCCGCCUGACGUUGCUGAAGGGAAGGACGUUCUUCUACUUGUUCACAAUCUGCCACAGGCACUUCGAGUCUAUUACUGGUUCAAGAGAAAAGCUAAAGAUAGAGACAAUGAAAUUGUACGGUUUAUAGUAUCUAAAAAUGAGAAUAUAACAGGGCUUGCAUACAGCGGCAGAGAGACAGUAUACAGCAAUGGAUCCCUGCUCUUCCAAAACGUCAAAAAGAGUGAUGAGGGAGUCUACAUACUAUAUAUGCUGAAUAAAGACUUCGAUGAUAUCCAGAAGUCUGUGCGACUUUAUGUGCACUCUGAAAAGCAUCACUAGAAAGUGUUUUCCAGCCCCCUUGCAUUCACUGCUCCUUUAAUUGCUCUUCCUAACUACCACCCAGUUCUGGGAAGAAAACUGAAGUUCACUCAUGAACCCCAGGGAUUUCAUCAGCUGAUGGUGUCCAGCUUCACCUCCUUCCACCAGCAAUAAAGUUUU